AUUGAAUAAUAAACACAAUUUGUUUUAUGCAAAUAGAAAAUAAGAAAGAAAGAAAAAAGCAAAAAAGAAGAAAUAGAAUCCGGCUUUAGGGGGUGUGGUGGUGUCUUCUUCUUCUCCUCCUUCUUCUCCUCUUGCGUAGUAGAUGAGAAGAUCAUCCUCAAUAUUGGCUUGGCCUCGGUCUCUAGAUUCUCUCGGAUCGAUCUAAUUCGAGCUGAACAAAAAAUAGUCUCAUUUUAGUCGGUAAUGGAAGUCGGAGUUUUGCUUGACGAUCAUCGGAAACGAAUGACUUGAUUCCGCGAAUGUAGGAGAUAAAGUCUUCAACUUUUUUUUCUCACAAUUUGAGCUUCUUCGAGUAAAGUGGAAGAAAGCAUGGCGUCGGAUCUUAGCAGAGCUGAAAGAGAUAUCGAGCAGGCUAUCAUUGCCUUGAAAAAAGGGGCUUACUUGCUCAAGUAUGGAAGAAGAGGGAAGCCUAAGUUCUGCCCUUUUCGUCUUUCUAAUGACGAAACUGUUUUGAUUUGGUUCUCCGGGAAGGAGGAGAAACAUCUCAAGCUCACCCAUGUUUCUAGGAUCGUAUCUGGACAACGCACUCCUAUUUUUCAGAGGUAUCCUCGCCCCGAGAAGGAAUAUCAGUCUUUCUCUCUAAUAUAUAGCGAGAGGUCUUUGGAUGUGAUCUGCAAGGACAAAGACGAGGCUGAGGUGUGGUUUAGUGGUCUUAAAGCCUUGAUUUCGCGUUACCAUCAAAGAAACAGGAGGACAGAAUCAAGAAGCGAUGGGACACCAUCUGAAGCUAACAGCCCAAGGACAUAUACCAGGAGAAGCUCUCCUCUGCACUCUCCAUUUAGUAGCAAUGACAGUUUGCAGAGGGAUGGUUCUAACAACAACCUUCGUAUUCACAGUCCAUUCGAGAGCCCGCCUCAGCUUGACAAGGCCUUAUCGGAAAUGGCAUUAUAUUCAGUUCCCCCAAAAGGAUUUUAUCCCUCAGAUUCCGGUACUGUUUCUGUUCAUUCCGGAGGCUCAGAUAGCAUGCAUGGACAACAUAUGAGGAGUACGGGCAUGGACGCUUUCAGAGUUAGUAUGUCAAGUGCUGUCAGUGGCUCGAGCCAUGGCUCUGGUCAUGAUGAUGGAGAUGCAUUAGGAGAUGUUUUUAUCUGGGGAGAAGGCAUAGGAGAAGGUGUUUUUGAUGGUGGAAACCGUAGAGUUGGAAGUUCGUUUGACAUUAAGAUGGAUUCCUUAUCGCCAAAAGCUUUAGAAUCUACAGUAGUACUUGACGUCCAAAAUAUUGCUUGUGGUGGACAGCAUGCUGUCCUUGUGACAAAGCAAGGAGAGAGUUUUUCUUGGGGAGAGGAAUCUGAAGGCAGGCUUGGCCAUGGGGUUGAUUCCAAUGCUCAACAUCCAAAGCUCAUCGAUGCACUUAACACCACGAAUGUUGAGCUUGUAGCAUGUGGUGAGUUCCAUAGUUGUGCGGUUACUCUCUCUGGGGAUUUGUAUACCUGGGGCAAAGGAGAUUUUGGUGUUCUUGGACAUGGAAAUGAAGUCAGUCACUGGGUCCCUAAAAGGGUUAAUUUUCUGUUGGAAGGGAUACAUGUAUCAUCCAUCGCUUGUGGACCUUACCACACAGCAGUCGUGACAUCUGCAGGGCAGUUGUUUACUUUUGGUGAUGGGACCUUUGGUGUCUUGGGCCACGGGGACAGGAAAAGUGUUUUCACACCUCGGGAGGUUGACUCUUUGAAAGGUCUCCGCACUGUCCGGGCAGCCUGUGGUGUAUGGCACACAGCAGCAAUUGUGGAAGUCAUGGUUGGUAGCUCGAGCUCGAGUAACUGCUCUUCAGGGAAGCUCUUUACGUGGGGUGAUGGUGAUAAGUGUCGUCUUGGUCACGGUAAUAAAGAGCCGAAACUUGUGCCUACCUGUGUUGCUGCUCUUGUUGAACCCAGCUUUUGUCAAGUUGCUUGUGGGCAUAGUUUAACGGUUGCACUCACAACAUCAGGCCAAGUCUAUACUAUGGGCAGUCCUGUCUAUGGUCAGCUUGGAAACUCUCAUGCUGAUGGAAAGUUUCCAAAUCGAGUCGAAGGUAAACUUCACAAGAGUUUUGUAGAAGAGAUUGCAUGCGGUGCUUAUCAUGUUGCAGUUUUAACUGCGAGGACGGAGGUUUACACAUGGGGAAAGGGAUCGAAUGGUAGACUUGGUCACGGGGAUGUAGAUGAUAGAAAUUCUCCGACAUUGGUUGAGUCGCUCAAGGAUAAACAGGUGAAAAGUAUUGCAUGUGGCGCUAACUUCACAGCAGCUGUCUGCAUUCACAGGUGGGCAUCAGGGAUGGAUCAGUCCAUGUGUUCAGGUUGCCGUCAGCCCUUCAAUUUUAAAAGAAAGAGGCACAACUGCUAUAACUGUGGACUAGUGUUUUGCCACUCGUGUAGUAACAAAAAGUCUCUGAAGGCUUGUAUGGCACCGAACCCGAACAAACCGUAUCGAGUGUGUGACAAGUGUUUUAACAAAUUGAAAAAGACCAUGGAAACAGAUGCAUCCUCUUCUCACUCGUCUCUGAGUAGAAGAGGAAGCAUUAACCAGGGAUCAGAUCCCAUUGACAAAGAUGACAAGUUGGAUUCUAGAUCCGAUGGACAGUUAGCUAGAUUUUCGUUGAUGGACUCCAAGAGACAAGUGGACAGUCGAAAUAAGAAGAACAAGAAAUACGAGUUCAGUAGUAGUAGUAGUAGCCGUGUGUCGCCUAUACCAAGUCGUAGCUCUCAACGAGGAGCGCUUAGCAUAGCCAAGACCUUCAAUCCAGUAUUCGGAGCGUCAAAGAAGUUCUUCUCAGCUUCUGUUCCUGGUUCUCGAAUCGUGUCUCGGGCAACUUCUCCAAUUUCAAGACGUCCAAGUCCACCUCGUUCAACUACACCAACCCCCACUCUUUCAGGACUAACCACACCAAGAAUUGUGGUGGAUGAUACUAAGAGAACUAAUGAUAGUAUAAGCCAAGAGGUUGUGAAGCUACGAUCUCAGGUUGAAAGUCUUACAAGGAAGGCACAGUUUCAAGAAGUUGAGCUGGAAAGAACAGCCAAGCAGCUCAAAGAAGCGUUGGCAAUCGCUAGCGAAGAAACGACAAGAUGCACGGCGGCAAAAGAAGUGAUCAAAUCACUCACCGCUCAACUGAAAGACAUGGCUGAGAGAUUACCAGUUGGAUCAGCUCGAACUGUGAAGUCUCCUUCGUCUCUUAACUCAUUUGGUUCCAGCCCUGGCCGCGUUGACCCUUUAAAUAUCUUAAACCGACCAAACGGUCAAGAACACGAGCUAAAUGGCUCAGUUUUUCCUAAUGGGACCACUACACCUGUAUUUGGAAAUGGGGAAGCAACGAAUGAAGCACAGACGGAGAAGGAAUGGGUCGAACAAGAUGAGCCUGGUGUCUACAUCACUCUUACAGCCUUAGCAGGAGGUGUUAGAGACCUCAAACGUGUCCGUUUCAGCCGAAAAAGGUUUAGUGAGAAACAAGCGGAACAGUGGUGGGCAGACAAUAGAGGAAGAGUCUACGAACAAUACAAUGUACGAAUGGUUGACAAAACCAGUGAGGAAAUGCCUCGUUGAAACUCUUUUAACUACCAACCACUUCACUUAUUUUUCACGCCCGAGUCAGGUGAAUGAAGAAUCUCGGGAUAUCACAACAGAUUUUACUAAUAUAUAUAUAUAUAUAUUAUAGAGAGAAAAUUAGAUGUUUUAAAAAUGUAUUACGUGCUUUGUUUCCUUGUAGUUUGGGGGGCUUUGUGUGGUGUUUGUAAAUGCCCAUACUGUAAAUUCUAUAAGCAUACAUUCUUUUCUCUUACAAAAGAAUACUGAGUAAAGGGGGUUCAAUCA